CUCAUAGACCUAUAAAACUAAAAGCAGCAGACAGUAUGGAACAAUUAAAAUCCAAAAUAGCUGUGGUCACCGGUGCUAGUUCGGGCAUUGGAGCGAGCAUUGUGAAAGAUUUAUUAAAAGCACAAAUGAUUGUUAUCGGUUUGGCCCGUCGCAUCGAACGUGUCGUUGAGCUAAAGCAACAAUUGCCCACUGACCAGCAACAACGCAUGCAUCCCCUGAAAUGUGAUGUUGCAAAUGAGCAGGAGGUGGCAAGUGUUUUCAAGGAAAUCAUGAAUAAAUAUGGUUGCAUUUAUAUAUUGGUCAACAAUGCUGGUUGUUUGCAUUUGGGACAAUUGUGUCAAAUGCCAGCGGAACAAAUACAACAAAUGUUGCAAACCAAUAUUGUGGGUGUUGUGAAUUGCACGCGUUAUGCUUUUGCCUCGAUGUUGGCAGGUGGUGGUGACAAAUCAGGUCAUGUUAUUUUGAUAAAUAGCAUACUGGGUCAUCAAGUACCUGUGAUACCAGGACAUGUGCCUUCCUUAAAUAUCUAUCCGGCUACCAAGUAUGCAUUGACGGCUAUUAAUGAGAUCUAUCGCCAGGAGUUUCGUGAAUUGGGUUCCAAGGUGAAAGUGACGAGUAUUAGCCCUGGCUUAGUAGACACUGAGCUUAUUUCGGAGGAACAAAAGAAAAUUUGCCGUGGAAUUAUUUUGCAACCAGAAGAUGUUUCACGUGCUGUAAUGUUUGCCGUGACCUCACCGCCUCAUGUUCAUAUUUUCGAAUUGAUAAUAAAACCAAUGGGUGAUAUUAUUUAA